UUGUUCAGAUUCGCCAUUUUGCGAGGCAGCGGCAGUGGCGGCGGCAGCGGCGGCUGGAGCCUCUGAUUGGGUUUCGGGGUCCGGUACUGGAGCCAAUCAGCGCGGGCAGCGAACCGGGGGAGCGAGGCACGGAGUCGCUACCUGGUGCCUGGGAUCUGUAGAGUGAAGCUUCAGGACUCUUAACGUGGCUGGGCCAUGGAGCAGUAUACGACAAACAGCAACAGUUCCACAGAGCAGAUCGUGGUGCAGGCUGGCCAGAUUCAGCAGCAGCAGCAGGGUGGUGUCACUGCUGUCCAGCUGCAGACUGAGGCCCAGGUGGCAUCUGCCUCAGGCCAGCAAGUCCAGACCCUCCAGGUAGUCCAGGGACAGCCAUUAAUGGUGCAAGUCAGUGGAGGCCAGCUUAUUACAUCAACUGGCCAACCCAUCAUGGUCCAAGCUGUGCCUGGUGGGCAAGGCCAAACUAUCAUGCAAGUACCUGUGUCUGGAACACAAGGUUUACAGCAGAUACAGUUGGUACCUCCUGGUCAGAUCCAGAUCCAGGGUGGACAGGCUGUGCAGGUGCAAGGCCAGCAGGGUCAGACCCAGCAGAUCAUCAUUCAGCAGCCACAGACUGCAGUCACUGCUGGCCAGACUCAGACGCAACAGCAGAUUGCUGUCCAGGGACAGCAAGUAGCCCAGACUGCUGAAGGGCAGACUAUUGUCUACCAGCCAGUUAAUGCAGAUGGCACAAUUCUCCAGCAAGUUACAGUCCCUGUUUCAGGCAUGAUCACCAUCCCAGCAGCCAGUUUGGCAGGAGCACAGAUCGUUCAGACAGGAGCCAAUACCAACACAACCAGUAGUGGACAAGGGACUGUCACUGUGACACUCCCAGUGGCAGGCAAUGUGGUCAACUCAGGAGGAAUGGUCAUGAUGGUGCCAGGAGCUGGCUCUGUGCCUGCUAUCCAAAGAAUCCCUUUACCUGGAGCAGAGAUGCUGGAAGAAGAGCCCCUGUAUGUGAAUGCCAAACAGUAUCACCGCAUCCUUAAGAGGAGACAAGCCCGGGCUAAGCUAGAGGCAGAAGGGAAAAUUCCAAAGGAAAGAAGGAAAUACCUCCAUGAGUCUCGGCAUCGGCAUGCCAUGGCACGGAAACGUGGUGAAGGGGGAAGGUUCUUCUCUCCAAAAGAAAAGGACAGUCCUCAUAUGCAGGAUCCAAACCAAGCUGAUGAGGAAGCCAUGACACAGAUCAUCCGAGUUUCCUAACCACAGGAGGGCAGCAGAGCUGAUCGGUCGCGUUCCUCUCCACUGUUCCUGGAGAUGGACUGACUUCCGACGGGACACUGACAGUUGCACUCUGCCCUUUCUCAGGACAGAAAUUACUUAGCUCAGUAUUACAGCUGCAGCAAUGGCUGAUGAACUGAAGUGGCAAGCCUUUGUCUCACCCUUUCAUUCAGGACCUGUUUCAGACUGUUGGUGGCACUGACCUUUUGUGAAUUGAAUGAUAAAAGGAGGUAUUUACCAGCCCAGCAUUACAUACACAAGCACUUAUGUUGAGUGGUAAGGCCAGCCAGUCGGCCUUUGCCGUAGGAGAGCAGCCUUCUCAACCUGGUCUAUGGUAAAUCCACGGUAAAGGCAGCCACAGCCCCUGCCUUCCUAUGGAGUCAGUAGCACCCAUCCCCUGGCGGGAGGUUGGGCUGGCUGAUGCAUGAACACUUUGCAUUCAAACAAGGAGCUUCCUGUUAGGACAUGGAGCAGCCAAGCUGAGCUGUAGUGUUCUGGCCUCUGCUGAUACGAAUCUGGCUGCCCACAUGCUGGGUUGGUAUUUUACUUCAACCAAGAAAGCACAAAGAGGAUAUUUUGGACUCAGGAUAAAAGGAUCUAAAAGGUACAUUGCUGAAUAUCUUUCUAGCUUUGACUGUGGUCUGCUCAUCCCUCUAUUGGCCAUCAGCGCCAUAGUUCGUACUGUGGCCAGUUUAAAGACAGUUUAGAGAGUAAGUGGACCGCGCAGCUGACUUUCCCAGUAGAGACAAAACUUCACAACAUCUGUGCUGAAGUAUUGGGGAUGUUUACAGUUGCUCCUCAACAGAGGUGAACCUAGGAUAUUUAAUCAUGGGCUUUAUAACAGCGAGUAGAGAAUGGAAGGAUCUGUGCAUUUCAGUCUAGAGAGCAAGUGCCCUGCCUGCCAAGGGCUGCCAUAGAGUAUCGUUCUCCAGCAGAUGGAUGCCAAGUGUGGAUCUUAAGCUGAAGAGACCAAGUCACGUUCCCACUGGCACCUCUGACGUGCACUAGAGAGAAGUUGGAAAUGUGUUCUUUAUAUUGCCUGAAAA